GAUCACACAGAUCUUUACAUGACAUGACAGUCACAGUCUUCAGACUUCAAUCAGGAGUUUGGGACAAACACAACAUCAAGAGGAACUCGUGAAGACAUAUUAACCAGCUUCUAAUCAACUAAAACCCCUCAGAAACAUCAUGGCAACAUAUGAGACGAGCAACAGCGUUGUGCAUCGCACAAGUGCACGAACACCUGGUGAAAAUCAGCUUCCAUCAGAGAACGGCUCCAUCAGACGCAAUGAGAAUUUGAAUGAUGUGAGGGACAUGACACAGCGAAAGGAAGACAUGGAGAGAAUCAAAGCCGAGGUGAUCAGACAUGUUAAAGACCAUCUGAAUGAGGUGCUGGAUCGAGCGCUCACAGAUUCAGUACAGUCUCUCUCCCAAAACACACAAACACACACUGAUGAGAAAAGAAACUGCAGCAACAGGCACAAACUGGAGCAGGGGAAGGUGUUUGUGGCCAGAUGGUCCCUGCUUGAUGAGCUGUUUGAGAUCAGUCACAUCAGGACGAUCUAUCACAUGUUCAUCGCGGCUCUGUUCCUGUUCAUCAUGAGCACUUUAGCAGUGGACUACGUCGACCAGGGCAGGCUGGUUCUGGACUUUGACUUGUUUGUUUACGCGUUCGGUCAGUUGAGUACUGUCAUAUGGGCAUGGCUCCUGAUGUUCAGUUAUACUCUGCUCGGGCCAUACCAUGUUGUGAGUGUUUGGUGUGGACUGUACCACAACGGCCGCUGGAGGGCAUCUGUAUCAGUGGCAUCUGCACUAAUGCUGUGUGCCUCCCAGCUGAGCAUGCUGGGAAUAUUUCCGGUGUAUGUAGUUCUGCACUAUCAGCUCCCCCCAGCAUCACGAUUCAUCAUCAUAUUAGAACAGAUCAGAUUUGUGAUGAAGAGCUACUCGUUUAUCCGUGAAACUAUUCCCACCAUUCUCAAAAACACACUGCAGAACGGUGAACCGCUGCGUUAUCCGUCGCUCUCCAGUUAUCUGUACUUCCUGUUUUGCCCAACACUGAUCUAUCGUGAGGUGUAUCCACGAAACACGUACAUCAGAUGGAACUACGUUGGCAUGAACUUUCUAAAGAUCUUGGGCAGUUUGUUCUAUCUGUACUUCAUCCUGGUGCGAUUGUGCAUCCCUGUGUUUAUGAACAAGAGCAACCAGCCGUUCAGCACACGCACACUCAUACUGGCGCUCUUCCAUGCUGUUUUUCCAGGUAUGCUGAUGUUUAUGUUGGGCUUUUACGCUUUUCUUCACUGUUGGCUCAACGCUUUCGCUGAGAUGCUGCGGUUUGCUGAUCGGAUGUUUUAUAAAGAUUGGUGGAACUCGACCUCUUUCGCUAAUUACUACCGCACGUGGAACAUCGUUGUGCACGACUGGCUUUAUUACUACGGAUACCGAGACUUCCUCAGGCUGUCGGGUCAGAAGCUUCGUUCGGUGGCCACACUGUCUGUUUUUGCCGUUUCCGCAUUAGUGCAUGAAUACACCUUCACCAUGUGCUUUGGAUUCUUCUAUCCAGUGAUGUUCUGUACAUUCGCCGGAAUCGGUGUGGUGUUCAACUUUGCCAUGAACGACAAACGGAAGAGUCCGGUGUGGAACAUCAUUAUGUGGAUGUGUCUGUUCACUGGUCAGGGCAUUCAUGUUUGUCUGUACUGUUUGGAGUGGUACGCACAGAUCCACUGCCCGCGUACUGGGACAAGCUUCUGGGAGCUGGUGACACCAAGAUCAUGGACAUGUAGUUACCAGUGACGACACAUCACUGACCAGCUGAACCAAACACUCAUAAAUGAGGAAAGCUCAUAAAGAGUCUUGCCAAGAGAGCUGCCGACCUUCAGCAAUAUUUCCUGUUAAAUGCCUGUGUGCUUUGCGAGGGAUACCGAUAAACGUACAGAGCUAUUUGUGACAUGAUAUAUACAGUAUAAACGCUGGCCGAAUCGAGAAUGAGAAAUGUCUUGGUGAAUAACGAAUAUGCUACAAACAUGAUGAAGUUCUGAGAUGGAAAUUUUACAUUGUUAUAUACACUUCAGGCUUAAAAUGUAGCAUAUCAGCAUUCCUAGAAAUGUAGCCUAGUAGUUUAAUUGAAUGCUGAUUUUAUAUUUGUGUAUAUAUGUAUUGUAGAUUUCAAUUAAUGUAAUGAUGCACAUUGUUAAAAGUAAAAAAAAAAUAAAAAUUUUGACAUUCAAA